CACCUGAAUCAUUCAAGCGCAAUAAUUCUAAUAAAACCAGUAAAGUUAUAAAUCUACGACAAGAUUUAUGUCUUACAUCAUUUCAACUUUUCUUAUCAUUCGUCUUCUGGAAAAGAUGAAAUUUUUCUCCGUACUUUACUCCUCCAGAAUCAGUUUUGUUUACAAGCACAGCUGCUCUGCUUAGGUUGCGGGUUCGGAUAUCGUUUGUAACUUACAAUUGCCCGACAAUUAAUUGAGCCUUAUUAAAAUAAUUGAAACGGAGUUCACGUGCUUGCUCUUUGUUUAUCUGCUGUUGUAACAAAGUCAGCCAACUGAAUGCUAUCUCCACUAUGCGUGUGUCGUCGUGCUUGGAGUGCUCUUGUCAACACAGACAAAAUCGUGAUUGUCAAGAGGGUUGUCGAAUUUCUCACAAGCUUGGCUCCUCUUACAACUCUGAUCAUCAUAUUGUUGCUCACUUAUUAUUCGUAUCAGCUUUUGGAAGCUAGCGGUGUGAACACACUAGUUGUAUACUUCUUCAGCAUUGAGAUUUUUGGAAAUUGGCUGCUAUUUUUCUGCACCAAGAACUACAUCGAUAAAUCUUCAGGAAAUAGUGAACUAGCUCCUGGCUUGUCACAUGAUGACUGCAAACAGUUGCGAUACUGUCCAACUUGUAAAAUAUUCAAACCUGAACGCAGUCAUCACUGCUCUCUGUGUGAUCGGUGUAUUCAUCAGAGAGAUCACCAUUGUUUUUUCCUUGGAACUUGUGUUGGUGGCUACAACUUGUGCUACUUUAUAAUAUUUUGUUUCUAUGCAUGUGUUGGGUGUUUUUAUGCUGCAAGAUUAUUACACAACUAUUACUCUGGAACCUACCUAAGAACCUUUUGGUCAUCUGAAUUUUUGUAUUAUUUCUACCCUGUCACCCUCGUCAUGUGGCUUUGUGGAAAGGCACAGUUAGCUGAGGUUGGAUGGGUAACAUUGUUGUAUGUAUCAUCAGCUACAGUGGUCUUCACAGGCUUUUGUGUGGUGCAACAGUUACUAUAUGUCUUCAGAGGCCAAACUGCAUAUGAGUAUAAUAAGGGUAUGCUAGUUGUUCAUCGGUCGGCCUUCCACAACUUUCUUCACGUAUUUGGUCGUUACUGGCUACUGCACCUUCUUAUUCCUUUUCCAAGACGGCGCACAGUCACUGAUCCGCGAAGUUUCUUGAAAAUUAUAUGAAAAUUUGUGGUCUUUUGGUUUUCAUUUCAAGAAAUUUAUGUUUGUGAGCUUUAAAAGUAUUCUGUGUAUAAUUUUUUUAUUUAGGUCCCCAAUUUUUUGUUUUGAAUACGUAUUCCUUAAUUUUUGACACUUUUACUAAUGAAGAUAACUAGGUAAGUAUAUGUUACUUACAUGAAGAAAAUACACAAGAAAGUACAAUUUAUGAUAUGAUUUUCUAUGGAAAAAUGAAUAAUUGUACUAACAUCAUUUUCAGUUUAAAAAAAAUUUUUAAGUAAUUUCUGUAGGUAUUGACAUAUUGAAUAUUUUAAUGUGACAAUUGAAUAUUUUAAUGUGACAAUGGGUGCUGCAAUAUCAAAAUAUAGAUUGGUUUAAAGAGAGCAGUAUUUGAAUUCAUAAAUUAAAUACAUAUCAUAUUCAGAAUAGUAAUACUGUAGCUGUAAAAGGCUUCUUGAAGCAGAGGAAUUUCAGAAGUUCUCAGUUAUUGACAAUGGCUGAACACCAGGUACUAUUGAAAGGUCAGUUUGCAUUUGCUGUUGAUGUUAAACUACUGGCUCUGAAGUACAGUAUUUAAUAAGAUUAGAACUAUAUGUUUGAUCUCAUUGUAUUAAGUAAUUGUUAUCAAGAGUUGCAUGCUGGUUUAGGCUUAAUAUAACUGUAACCCAUUUGAAAUUAACAUUAUGAUAGGUGUAAUUCAAUUUUUGUACAUUGAUAAAAUAAGCAUGCAUGGUGCUUUUGGAGAAGAAUUUUUCAUAUUUUGCAAGGUAAUACCUACAUGCAUUGUAUAUUGGUGCCAUUAGGAUCUGCUAAAAUUUACAGCGCUUAAGCUACUGAUGGUUUAACAAAGAAAAAAAGAAAGAGCUUCAGAAAUUUUGCAGUUUUCCAUGUUAUUCUCAUUUUUUUAAUAUUUAAGCUAUAAUUGACUUAAAAAAAAAACUCAUUCCUUUAACAUUUAGGCAAGACUCUUGAUUUGUAACAUAAAUUUUAUAUAUUAGGCGUGCACAAAAUUUUCAGGUGUUGUCCUCAAGAGGUGAAAAUGUUCACCUUUUGUCUUAUUAGUGGUAUAAAUUUUAAGUUUAUUUUAAUCAAAUAAAAUACAUUCAUUGAAAUACUUUCAAUCCAUUCAUAUUCAUGAAGACUAAGAAGAAAAUUGUUCUAACAUGCAAUCACUGUACGUACAUACUAACUUAGUGCCUGACAAUUCAAAAAUAACUUUUUCUUUUUCCUCUUUUUACUGUUAAUCCUUUCAGAGUUUGUGCCUGACAAUCCAAAAAUAAAAUUUUCUUUUUCUUCUGUUACUGUUAACCCUUUCAGAGUUUAGCCUCUUAACAAUAGUGCUGUCCGUUGUGAGUAAUGCGCUUGGUUAGUUAUGCACUAGUUCACUUUGAGCAUUUAUGUUUCUAUUUGUAAUAAUGUAAUGCUGAUGGUGAAAUUUGUUGAUGAACAUCAUCACAAAGACUACCAGACAUUUUCGUCUUACAUGACUAUUAGGGAUCCAGAUAUACAGUAUUGCAGACACAUGACCAUUUCUAUGUUCUGUAAAAGUUAGAAAUAUGCAUUUAUUGAAUGUAAAAAACUAAGAAAGUAGUUCAUAAAAGUGGAAUUAUUUAAACAUUUUUUUUAUUAAGAGUUUCAAUUCAUUUUUGUUUAACGGUUUUGUGUAUAGCUUACUUAUCAGUUAUCGAUCACCAUUUUCCAAAUGACCAUAUUUCUUUGCUGCUGUAGUCAUUUUAGUUACAAGUUAUGUAAAUAUAAUAAUCAUAUUUGGCAGUAGUACAUUGUGUAGUCAAGAUUCCUAUAGAGGACCCAUUACACUUUCAUUCACGAAACUUCAAUUCUUACGCAAAGCAUUUGUGCACUGUCACAAGAUAAGGUUACAAAAUUACAUACAAUUCCAUAAACUAUGGUGUGUAAUUUAUAGUUUAUAUAAUUUUUUCACUUCUUCAUUGAACUGUUUGAGAAUGACUUGAGAUGUUUCAGGAAUAUGAUUUUGAAGUUAAAUUUUCCAAGCGAGACAUGAAUGUCAAUAAUGAUAAUUGUUGGGUAAGUGUUGUAUUUUAUUUUAAUAAUAUAUAUACAUAGAAUUUUUAUACAAAUAUAUAUACAUUGCAUUUUAAUAUAUAAACAUUAUUGUUCUCUUGCUGAAAGACUGUUAGCUUCCAAAGCUAGUUUUAAUUUAUUUGGACCAAUAGGAGAAAAGCUGUUAGCCAUUUAAUGGAAGCUAACUACGUAACUAUGUUUUUCCUGUUUUUUUAAAAUUGUUUCCUUGGUUUUUUUAAUUGAUGCUUGGAAUUGGCAGUAAUCUUUAGGUUACUCAUCUUGUAAGUUUAUUGGCUAACUGCAUUUCGAUGAAUACAAAGCUGCUAUCAGAUAAAAUUCAUUAGCAGUUUACAGAGAGUAAGGAUGGCAAGUAGCAGUUUUACUUUUGGAGUUUAAUCAUUUCACUUCUUGAAAAGUAAAAUAGUUUUACUGUAAUAAUUUUCUGUUUUAUGUUGUUUACUCUUUGUCAAAAGCCAUGAGCGGAUUUGGAGUCUUGCACUAGCUGAAAGGAAUGAGUCUCAAUAAAUUAUAAUUUGAUUAGUACAUCAAAACCGUCCUAGUUCAAAUCAGUUGCUACCUCUGGAGUAAAAAAUUUUUGUGCUGAUAAAAAUCUUGUUGCAGAAGGGGUAGCAUAGUCUUAUGCCAGCAAAUAAUUUAUACUUAUUUGGAAAUUAUAUACAUGUCCACUGCUCAACACAUAUCAUCCAACUAUUUUCAUAUUUGUAACAGGAUUUAAGUAAUUAUAAUCAAGCAAAAUAAAAUCCUUUCAUAGGAGUGACUAUCCACCAGGAAAAUAAGAUAUUUAUCUACAUAUCAGGUAAUGUGCUGUAAGUUUCAGUAAAAGCACAGCAUAUUGUUAACACAGCAACAAGCACUUGUAUGGCUUGUCCCUGUUAAUAAUUAGAGAGCUUCACCAUUUACAGUACUUGAAGCUCAGUGUAAUAAUAGUUUUACUGUUUCUGAGUUUCUAUGUAUUGAAUGCGCAUUGGCAAAUUGAAUAUUAACAUGAAAUGACAUUUGUUAAUGAAUGAUGCCUGAUACUAAUGACAUUUUUACAGAUGGUGUGAAAUAUAUAUAUAUAUAUUUGAACAUGUAAUGAAGCAAGUGAAGUCUGUAUGAUGUAUUGCAAAUAAAAUGUCAUGGUUUACCACUUUGACGAGUUAUUAGGCUCAGAAAACUUAGCAAUACUGUCUUUAUUAAUAUAUAGUAUAUAUAUACAGUACUUCAGCGUGUUUAUACUGUAGCAACAACCCUCAUUUCAGUGCAUAUCAAGGUUAAAAUGCCAUGCUAUACAAUGUAUAUAUAGUACAUACAGUAUUCAUACACAUACACUAAUUCAAGAAGUCAUUGAAAUGGGAAUCUGUUGUUAUUGUAUUUUGAUAUAUUAAAACAACCAAAUAACCAUUCACUGUUAAUACUAUAUGUGCAUUAUGUCCCUUAAAUUCAUGAGGAUCCAGAGAGUUUACUGAUUUGGAGAUUCCAUUUUCAUGAAUGAGGUUCACAGUCAAGGCUCUGCUGUAGCAUGUUUAUACAUACUAGCUUUUACAAGAGCUGUGCUGUACAUGCAUAUGUAUUAUGGUGUAUGCCACCCGAGAUCCUAUAAAGUACGUAAUAUUUAAUGAUGGAUGGUAAUUUUCAUUGAACAAGUUUGCAAUCUCUGAUUUUAGAAUUGAAGUGAAGUACUCAUGGGAUCUGUAUGCAUAGAUAUGUUAUCCAUGAGUAAAUGAAGAAUGGGGAAAAGUCCCAAACUGGCUUAGUUAUUUUGGAGUUUUUGUCCAUCAGCUGCAGUUAUUGGAUAUGGCCCAGAUAGAGUGAAGCUUGAGUAAAUCUGCAAAAUAUUCUUUAUCCACCUGGGUUGAAAAAAGAUAAGUUGGCAAAAGAGAAAUAAUCAUUAGUGACAGCUUCUACUGCAGUAGGAAGUUUGUGCUCACAAGCCAAAUACAUUAGCAUAUUUGACAGUAUUGUAUCUCAGUGUCAGACUUAUACUAGCCUUCUAGCAUUCAUACUGUAUGUUAAUUUUAGGCUCAAUGUGAAAAUAAUUGUGCUCAACCCAUCAAGUCACUUUGUAAUAUCUCCAGUUAGCAUAUUGGUAUGCUCAUGGUCUAAAAAGGGAUAUGAAUUUAUAUGAGUAUAUAUAGAUACUGUAUGUGUAUGCUGUAUAUAAACAAACAGUUAAUAUCAUGUUUGAUAUCUAUGACAUAAAUUAGAACUAAGAGAGCCAUUUCAGAUUAUAAUAUAUUCUCUAUAUACAGUAUAAACCUUUAUAAAGUGUUUGUAACAUUUUUUAACAAAACUGCAAGCUUUCAUGAUAAAUGCUUGAUUAGUAGUUAACUGUACAGCAUCAUUUUUCCAUAUGCACGCACAUAUAUAUACGAGAUAUAUAUAUAUAUAUAAACAUAUAUAUUUUAUACACGUGCACUUUUUACCUCUAGUCAAAUAAAAAUUAGAUGAUAAUUUUAAUCUAUGCACAAAAUAUUGAAUUUGGGUUAAGUUUUUGACCCCUUGCUGCAUGAUCAAUUGUUUGUUCUCCCUAUAAAUUGGUUUUAAAAUACUUUUACCUGGAAGUUCUCCAUUAAAGACUCAUGCUGAAUUAUUACAGUCGUCAUUGUGACAAUGCAUUCAGUGUACAUCAUUGCACAAGAAUAUAAAUACAUGUACAGGAUUUGUAUAAGUUAUGUACGUAUUCUUUCAAAUUGCAACAUAUGUAUUGUACCACACACUAUUACAUACGGUUCAGCAUGUUUCCAAGACGUACAAUGUUUGAUAGAGAAAGUACUGAUUUUAGCAGAAGUACUAUGGGCAAUAAAUCCCUUACAAUUGGUGUUAUUUCCAGAAAUGGAACUACUGAUGUAUAAUUUAGUACCCCAGUCAAGAUUAUUACUGUACAUAUCCAGAGGGUAGACUUCAUGGUUAUCCAGGAUUAGGAAAUACUGAAAGUUGUUCUUUUUGCUUUUUUAGUAAUUAUAAUUAUUUUUCAGUAAGUUGUAACUUAUUAUUACAAUGCAAUAUAUUUAUUAAGAAUAAAGUUCAUGCCAUUCCUACAAGUUAAAAGUUUUUGUCAGUAGCCAGGUUAAAAUGUGUUAAUAGCAAUAAUCUUAUCCAGUACAAUCUUAUAUUCUGCAGUUUGUAUUAUGUUAUAUUCUUAGUUUGUUUACUUUUGUCACAUGUCGAAAGAAGCCUCUUCUGUGAAGGAAAUCUCUUUACACUUCAGUACUGCAUUUGUUAGCUCCCCAUGUCCAUGUUUGUCUUUAUUGCAAAGCAUAACAAGUGAAUUUUAUGCUUCGAAGUAAAAAUAUACAAGGGUAAAAAGCUACGUAUUUCCUUCUAACAAAUGGGAUUCUGGUUACUGAAAUAUGUGACAAUGUAUAGUACUGCAGGCUUUUUUGUUCUGUAGGUAAUAAUUUUUAAUAUUUUUCCAUAAAAACUGUUAGUAUAAUUCUGUUCUCAUGGUCUCGUUUUAGGGCCACAGGUCAUAGCCAAAUAGAAUUAUCCUUUGUAAGGGGUUUAUUGCAUUUUAUGUAAUGUAACUAGGAGCAUUUGAUUUCAUACAGCCUGUUAGUACACUUUUUAUGUUGCCCAUAUUUGAGUUUUAUGUAUUAUGCAUACUGUAUUGCUCAAUUUAAGUAUUUUAAUAUUUUUUUUUUUUGUUUUUAAGCAGAAGCAGCUUAACUCCCUCCGAUUAUCACUAAUUAUCACUAACCUGGAUAUCCUCAAUUCCUCAGUUAAAUAUUUUAAUUAACAUUGCUGUGAUAUUUUCAUAUCAUUCCUUUACGUAUAUAUUAUAUUGUAUAUACAGUAUUAGUUGAUUAACAAGAAAUAAUCACAUUUGCUCUUGAGAUUUGAAUUCUAUUUUUAACUGCUGUGUACAACAGAUGACAUUAUUUUAUUUUUGUCAUAUUUUCUAAGAUAACAGACUUAUGAAAAGUAAAGUAUCCUGAUUUGUUAAAUGAUUAUGCCAUACUGUCUUCACAUCCUGUUUCUUGGUUUUGUGUUGUGCUAGUAGUACGAGAGCAUCCUUAUACGCAUAUGGAAUUUAUAAAUAGCUACUUUGCUGUGCUGUGAGUAGUUAUUAAAUAACAUAGAUCACUUUAGAGCUGCACUUAACUUUGUCUUUUCACAGGAAUGAGAUUAAAAGCCUAAUAGUUGGUGUAGCCGUUUUCAUGGUAAGUUUACAAAUGUAACUAUUUUGUAUAGUAAUAUAUUUUAUCGUUUAAAUACCAGCUUCAGGCUCUUCAUCUCCUUCAAAAAUGUUUUGUAAAUUUAGCCAUUGAUUGUUGUAUGGUUAGUUGGUUCCUGAUUUGUAAUUGUUUGAAAACCUAGUUUUUUUUUUCUUUUUAGUAUUCAUGCAAAGCUGAAUAUUUUUUGUUGCAAAAUCAAUGCACAAAUGAAUAAAAAUAUGCCAUCCCUUGGGGGAUGUAUUUCACAGUGAUAUUUUUAAGACAAGAAAUCUUUCAUUGGUUUUAUUCUUAGAAAAAUAUUAGAUGUUAUUAGUUCUCAUCAGUUCUGUAACCAGAUUUAGGAUUUUUUCACCUUUCUUGUUAAGUAUGUUGCAAAUGUAAACAGUGAUUUAUUUCUUAGCCAAAAAAUAUUUUGGUCACUUCAGCUUUAAGUAAGCACAAUACAGAUACUCCCUGCUUUAUGACCAUUUGCCGUAUGUCCAUUGGAGGUUUGAUGAGGAUUGCCAAAAUAAAAAGAUGAUAUAUAAA